GGAUAAUAUUUCAAAUUGGGCAUGGUGCAUGCCGAAGCGGUAUACCGAAGUUGACUGAUGAUGAAGAUGGAUUAGAAGUAUGGUACAAGCAGUAGGCCUCAGCAUCCAAGAACAUGGCUAGUAGUAAAGAUCAACAUCAUGACAAACCAAAUCAUUCCAGUUGGGAUAAUAGUUUACCCGUCCCUAAAUUACGUUUCCAUCAGGCAGCAUUCAUCGUUUUUAUAUUAGCCAUUUUGUGUUUUUACAACAGUUAUGAUGGAGAUUUUGUGUUUGAUGACAGUGAGGCCAUUAUUAACAACAAUGAUUUAUUACCCACAACUGCUAUCACUGACAUAUUUGCCAACGAUUUCUGGGGCCAAAAGUUGGCUUCCAAGACAAGCCAUAAAUCCUAUAGACCAUUGACUGUCUUGAGUUUUCGGUUGAAUUAUUAUUUAGCUGGUGGAUUACAUCCUGUAGGUUUUCAUCUUAUAAAUGUUAUACUUCAUGCUGUUGUGUCAGUGCUAUUUUUACAAGUGUGUUCUGUUCUUUUUACUGGUUAUUUGUCUUUGAAAAAGACAGAAUAUUUUAACUCACCAAGAGCAUCAUUUUUAUGUGCUGUUUUAUUUGCUGUUCACCCAAUUCAUACUGAAAGUGUGGCUGGAGUGGUAGGACGUGCUGAUUUAUUAUGUGCCUUACUAUUUUUACUUUCAUUUUUAUCCUAUGCCAAAUCAUGUAUCAACGAAUAUAGUGAAACUAGUUACCGUGGUGAUUGUAUAAGAAUUGGUUGGUUAUUAUGUUGUUUGUUUUUGUGUACUUUAUCUACAUUCUGUAAAGAACAAGGUAUCACUGUUAUUGGAUUGUGUAGUGCUUUUGAUAUUAUUAUGGUUUGUCGAAUUGAUCUCCUUGCCCUUUUUGGUUUACGCAAAUCAACCAACUUAGUUUCCAAUGGCAACAAUAAUAAUGUUCCAAAGCAGGAUACAUUUCCACAGUGGCUUAAAUGUCUCAUCUAUCGCCAAAUUUCAUUAGCUGUGACUGCUGUAUUUUUAUUGGUUGUUAGAUGGAGGGUCAUGGGGUCAGCUCCUCCUACAUUCCAGGUUCAUGAUAAUCCACAUUCAUUUGUGGAAGGACCACUCUAUCGGGCUUUGAAUUAUAAUUAUUUAUAUGCUGUAAAUGUUUGGUUACUACUUAAUCCAUCUUGGUUGUGCUUUGAUUGGUCGAUGGGAUGCAUUCCAGUUAUUACAUCGUUAAGUGAUGUUCGUAUAUUAUCAGCUUUAUCAUUCUUCGUUGUUUUACUGACAAUGAUAUAUUUAUCAUUGAGAAAUAAUACACAACACCAAAGAUUACUGAUUCUCUGCCUCGUUUUUCUCAUUGUUCCAUUUUUACCGGGAUCUAAUUUGUUUUUUCGUGUUGGAUUUGUUGUGGCUGAGAGAGUCUUGUAUUUGUCAUCUGCUGGCAUGUGUAUGUUAUUCACAAUGGGAGUCGUAAAUAUUUCUCAAAAAAUAAAAAAUAAAAAGAUAAUCACUGUGUGUUUGUUAUUACUAGUGAUAUUAUAUACAGCUAGAUCAAUGCAGAGAAGUGCUGAAUGGAGAAAUGAGAUGGAUUUAUUUGAAGCUGGUGAAAAAGUAUGUCCAAAGAAUGCUAAGGUACAUUAUAAUAUUGGUAAAUUACAUGCUGAUAAAGGAAAUGAUACGUAUGCUGUAGAACGAUACAGUUUAGCUAUCAAGUUAAAUCCAGAGUAUGAUCAAGCUAUGAAUAAUUUGGCUAAUAUUUUAAAAGAACAAGGUCAUACAGUGGAAGCAGAACAAUUACUACUUAAAGCUGUAAAAAUCAGACCCGAGUUUGCAGCAGCUUGGAUGAAUCUAGGAAUUGUUCAAGCACAGUUAAACAAGAAUGAGUCCUCUGAAAAAAGUUAUCUUCAAGCAUUAAAACAUCGCAGAAAAUAUCCUGAUUGUUUUUAUAAUCUAGGAAAUUUGUAUUUGGGAUUGGGAAGAAAUAUUGAAGCAUUACAAGCCUGGAGAAAUGCCACCAUUAUUAAACCCACACAUGUGAAUGCCUGGACCAAUACUCUUAUACUACUAGACACAAUGGGUGAUUUUAAGACCGCUGUAGCAGUAGGUAAAGAAGUAUUAAAAGUUUUACCACGUGAACCACAGAUACAGUUUAACCUAGCCAAUAUUUAUGGCAAAUUAGAGAAAUAUGUGGAAAGUGAACAGUUCUUUCUAAAUGCAAUCAGGGAAGAGCAGAAUAAUUCCAAGUUCCAUUUGAAUCUUGGUGUAUUAUACCACAGAUGGGGAAAGUAUGACAAAGCUAUUAAUGCCUAUAAUUCUGCACUAAAACUAGACCCAAAUAACCCAACCAUUCAUGAAAAUAUUGCCAUGUUAGAUCGACAGAAAGACAACAGAUGAAAAUGAGAGACCAUUAUCAGAUUUUUUAUGUGUUUUAACAAGGGCUCUUAACUCAGUUAUAUUUGUCAGUUUGGUACGUCAACGAUAAGAAAUUAAAAACUUUGAAAUCUAGCUGUUGAUCAGUUUAGUACCCAUGAUUAAACUUGAAAACACUUGUAUUAAUAAUUAUAUAUAAAUUUAUUAUGUUUUAUAGCAAUGAAAACAUUAAAGAUGUAAGACUUUUGUAAAGAGCUGGCCAUUCUUGCUAUAAUAAUUCAAAAAUAGUGAAAAAUGAAAAUAUUGAAUAUUUCAUUCAAAUUAUUUUAUUUUAAGUGAAGUUAUGAAUUUUGGAAGAUGUAGCAUCGAUUGUUUAUUAUCAUAGCAACAGUACUAAACAAACAUGACUAAGUCUUGAUUAUCCGUUAAAUUUUUAAAUCUUGUGGAUGUUCUAAUCCAUUCAAAUCUCUGCCAUCCAAUGGUCUAGAGAAAUGAUUAUUGGAUGGUCACAUUGAUAAAUGUCUAAAUAAUAGUUUAUAUAACAUUUAAAGCCAAAAUAAAGACCUGUCAUUUAUAGAUUUAGCUCUUACAUAAUGCAUCUUUAAACAUGCAAAAAAUGCACAUGUCAAAAAGUAUGAAUUGAUAGCCCUCAAUAAAAACAUCUCUUUAGUUAGUUAUUGCUUUGAUAUUAUGUUAUUGGUGAAUGGUCUAUAGAAUAGAUUUCUUUUAAAUGGUGGAUGUUGUAGAAAUAUUGGCUAGUACUUUAUUCUUAAGAAGAAUAAAACCAGAGUGAUAUUAUUAUUUUAAAGAUUGUGAAAACUGUGUAUAAAUUAUCAAUGAUAUUUGAAACUAAAAAUUUAUAAUUUUUUAAGAAAAAGUAAAGAUACUCUUUGUUUUCAGUGCAUUUUAAUGCAAAAGAUACAUCAGAUAUAAAUUAAAAUAAGAGAUUUUCCAAAUUAAAAAUCUUCAUGAAAUUCACGUUAAAAUUGUUAAUGAUGAAAACCUCUUGUCAUAAAAUUUAGUUUUAAAAUUCAGUAUUUUCAGUGCCAUUUCAGGCUGAACUUUUUCGAUACAAGAUGCGAUCAAAUUGCUUGUUUUUGAUGCAAGAUUGUAAUCAACUGACUGUUUUUGAUGCAAGAUAGUAAUCAAACUGACUUUUUCUGAUACAAGGCUGUAAUCAAACUUUUUGUUUUUGAUAUGUGGUUUAAUCAAAUUGACUGUUUUAGAUACAAGAUGUAAUGAAACUGAUUGUUUUUGAUACAAGGUUGUGAUUUGUUGUGUUAUCAAAUUUUUAUCUCCAUGUGCAUAGUUUUAUUAGUGUUCAAGAUUUUGUAUAUUUUAUUGCAUGUCUGUUUGGAACCUUCUACAUUUCUUAAGACUGUGUUUUUCAAAUCACAUAUUCAUUUAAUUUCUUUGCAUCACAUAUUUUUAUGCUUGUUUAUAAUAAAACUACUGAUAUUUAAUUAAAUGUUUCUCAUAUUAAUCAUUUAUAAAGCUUUACUUAUAUGAUCUCAUUUAUAUAUAAACAUCUUAAAAUUACUUAGAAAUACUCAUUAAAUGAUAAUAAUUAAAUUUGUUCUAUUUUAUUGAUCUAUUAUCCUCUAGAGUAUAAAGCCACUCAUCAUUGUUUAGGUGUUAUAAAUCGAAUCCCUUGCAAAACAUUGUGAGAGUUGGAUCUCUAAAAAGAAAGUAAGUUCAAAAAUGGUUCAACUCCAUUCAGUAUUUACUACAAUAUGAUGAGUUCCAAACAUUCAAGAUUGUCUCUUUAGACAAUAUAAACUAACCAGUGCCACCUGUAAUGUUGGAUAAAAUCUUUUGAUGGACCACUAUUCAAACUGAUUGAAUCAAAAGAUUAUCGUUGAUGUUUUGGUUUUGUUUUCUUAAUGAGACGUUAAAUAAUUAAUUUCUGUAUAUUUUAGCAUGGGUUAAGGGGUGAAAAGUUAGAAAUUGUCCAAUAAAUGAAAAUGAUGGUUGACGGCUUUAAGUAAUAAUAUAAUGUUUUAAAUUUAUAUUGAUUAUUGGCAUGAAUAUUGAUGACAGUAUAUUUUGACAUCAGUGAGCAGUGAGUUUUUAUGCAUGUAUCUUAUUAUGGGUGUACAUGUAUAAUAAUAUAUAAUUUUUAAAAAUUAUAUUCUAAGUCCAGUACAUGUUUCUACUGGACUUAGAAUAUAAUUUUUAAAAACCAUCUACACAGUGUUGUGAAGUCUGUUGCUGGGGAUUCUCUUUUUUGAUAUUUUUCACGGAUUGGUUCCUGCUCCUCCCCGGAUGCAUCACUGAGAUCCAGACUUGCCUGCACUGUUCUAGGGAAUCUUCCGCCCUCCUUAAUUAUCGAGUGUGGGGGUUUUAUCGUCCUCUAUUUGGAUUUUCUAUAAUAUAUAAUUAAUAUGCUUUUAUGAUCCCCUGUCUAGAUAUUCUUGUGUAUUUUGUUCUUUGUUUUCUUGAAGCUUUACACAUGUAAUUUUUCCAGAUGAUCUAGGUAAUUUAUGGCUGCAUGAAUUAUUUAAUUUUAUUGAAUAAUCAGAGUGAACUUUGAUCAAAUUGUAAAUUAAAAUUUUAUAGAAAAUAUUUAGUAGAAAUUCCGGUGAAUUUUUAUUUCAUUACAUUCCAUCCAAUAACAUUAUUCCCUAGAUCUGCACAUGAUCUCUUAACAUGUAUUUUUACAGAAAAAAUAUUUGUCUUGGGAUCUUAAAUUUGGUGACUGACUGACAUUGUUAUACCUAAAUAAUUAUAUCAAAAGGCUGCGGAAAUAUAGUGCAUAAAAUUUCAAAUUUAUUUAGACAAAAUAAUUUUAUUUAAAUUGACAAUAUUUAUUAAGAAGUAAAUAUGUGAAUAUGUAGUCUCUAAAUAUUUAUAGUACAUAUAUUUUUGAUGAGGAUUGUCCAAAUAAGACAAAAGCAAUAUUUUUAUUUGCUUCAUGUGUCAUUCAUUUACUCAUUUCAUUUUAUAGAUAAAAUCUAACUCAUUCAUGGCAUUAUAAGUAAUCAAUUUUGAAUUUAUUAAUAGAUAAAAUCUAAAAUUUUGAAUAUGUUAUGAGUAAUUAAUUUUGUGAGAAUACAUAUGUCACAAUAUCAUUUCAUUCAGUGUUUACAAUGGAACCAUAAACUAUUUGUUUUGCAAGAUCAUAAAUUUGCUAUUUUCUUGUGUAGUUUUAAAAUAAGGCAAUACAAAAAAAUUAUUUUAGUUCUCAGACAAUCCUUCUAAAAAAUCUCAUCACGUUGAUGAUUGUAUCAUCAUCCAGAAUCAUUUAUGAUUGUUAAUAGCAUUUAUUAGGCUUGCGUCCUCGAUAAUUGAGCCUAAGGUACAUCACCAGAUUCAUUUGAAUUUUUUAUCGAGUUACUUCGUGUAACCGGGGGGAAAACAUUUAUGCACAGUAAUUAAUGAGACUUUUUAUUGUUUGAAAUAAAAACUGGUCAUACAACUCUUUUUAAGUGAUGCAGGAGUAUCUGAGAACCAAAAUAUUUUUUAUAUAUGGCCUAAUAAUGGCAGCAACAUUAAUGUAUUUUUUCUAUGUUAUAUAUCUCUAUUUAUAAGACACUGCGAAUAGGCUAUAUAAAGAUAUUUGAUAAUCUUAUAUUUUUAUUAGUAAUCUGUAUAAAUUAUGACAAAAAUAUGCUAAUACCAUUAAUUAGUGAUUGCUAUUAGUAUAUAUUCUGACAUCGAAUCUUAUUUGCGGCCAUUUUGUAAUUUUUUUGUAUAAUUUGACAGCAUUUUUAUUUUUAUCUCAUUAUAAUAUUUUAUAUCUUUUGUCAACAAAAUUUUUUUUCCCAAUAAUCAUUGAUGCUUUUGUGUUUCAACAUAAAUUUGAAGUUUUACUAAACAUUUUUUUUGUAUGUGAGAAAUUAUGUCCCAAAAUUGAGAAUUUAUGCUCAUAAUUUUUGCCAAACAUUUCAUUGAUAAUAUUAUAGCUUUUGUAAUUUGAGUUACAACUCAUAUUUAGCUCAUUAAUACAAUAGUAUACUAAAUUAUAUGUAAUUUUAUUAACAUUCCAAUUGAAUAAUUUAAUAAUUAGAUUAUAAUACAUUAUGAUUGGGUCAUUAAGUGUGUAUAUAUUCAUAGAUAAUUAAUUUUUUGAAUAUUAGCGUGUGACAUAUUGCUUUUGCCUGUUGAAGUUGCAAGGGUUUUAUUUUAUAAUAUAACGAUUUCCUUAAUGUAGACAUAUUGUUGUCGUCCAUUGUCCGUUGGUAUGUCUGGUGUCUGGACACAACUUCUUGUUUACACUUUUAAAGGACAGAGUUUUUGUCAGAUUUUUUCAUUUGUACAUGUGGUUGUAAGGAAUGUCCCCAUCAAAAUAAACAUGUUUUCUAUUUUAAAUAUCGGUUAGAAUACAGAGCAGGGUUCUUGAUAGAAUGUAUUAAAACUCAGUGAAGUUGUUUAUUAAGUUAUAGGGAAAUCCCUCUUGAAUUUUAGAGUUUUUGGAUUGUAUAUGGUUAUCUUUCCAUUCACAUGGUAGGGUUUGGUAGAGUUAUGUUUUCAUUCACAUUUGUAAACAUAGAGUAUAUUUGAUCAAUUUAAAACCUGAAAAAAAUUGGUUGUGAAUACAAUUUAACUUAAGAUGAAUAUGAUUAUAAUAUAACAUUGGUUGUGAAUAGCCUAAAAAUUAUUUAUAUAUGAGAGAUAUUGCGCACACUUGUAGGAAAUCAAUUAAAAUGUUCUUGAAAUAUUUCACAUAUGACUUUGGUUGUGAACAGCUGGUGACUGUUUUAAUUAUGCAAAAGUCUUUAUAACACUGGUAUAUAUUUUCUUCUCUUUUUUUAACAAAAACCCCCAUAACUUUAUAGAGAGUUAUUAUUAUAUUUCUUGUUAUUUGUAUUUGACUGCAAUAAAUUCUGUUUAAGCUUCA